AACGCUUUGGGCGCCAUCAUGCAUGCGUUGUUGUUCUUUGCUUCCUUUCUAUCCCUCUUGGCUGUCUGCUCGGCAUGGACCACUGGCGAGACCUAUAUACUGAAGGCAUUCUGGCACAUCUGGAAGAAGGAACACAAGAAAGCAUAUGCCAGUCCCGUCGAGGAACAGCACCGACAAGAUGUCUUCCUCAGCAAUCUUGACUUUAUAUUUCAACAUAACAGAAGGUUUUACCGUGGUUUGGAAACCUACCAAGUUCGAGUAAAUGCUUUCAGUGACCUCACACCGCGCGAAUUCGCCGACAGAUACCUCUGUCUGCGAAGAACGCCUAAAAGCAAGUCGAGCAGUCAGUUGGCCACUUUCAUUUCCGUUGAUGGAAAACUUCCUGACAGCGUGGACUGGCGCAAGAAGGGCGCAGUCACACCUGUCAAAGAUCAGAAGGUCGAUGUCUUAAGCUCACCUUCUCUAAAGUAUUGUAUUCGAAAUCAGUAUGUUACUCUGUGCUUAAGGCUAACCUAUUUCGAAACGCAGUGCCUUUUACUCUUAAAUAUACUGAACUAUACUAAGUUAUGUGCCUUUUAUUUUAUUUUACAGAAGUCAUGUGGCUCCUGUUGGGCAUUCUCUGCAACCGGUGCCAUGGAGGGUGCGAUCCAGAUAAAGACUCAGAAGCUACUCAGCCUGUCAGAACAACAGCUGGUCGACUGCAGUUGGGAGGAGGGUAAUGAAGGUUGCGAUGGUGGUUUUAUGGAUCAGGCUUUCAAAUAUGUUGAGAAGUAUGGAAUUCAAUCCGAGAACACGUACAAGUACACGGCAAGGGAUGGCCAUUGUAAAUAUAACAAGUCCCUGGUUGUUGCCAACAUAACUGCCUAUAAAGAUAUCCCCGAGGGUAAUGAGACAGCUCUUCAACAGGCGCUGGCCACAGUAGGCCCCGUAUCAGUGGCAAUUGACGCUGACGAUCCCGGAUUUAUGUCCUACAGCCAUGGCGUGUUUUUCAGCAAAUCAUGCUCAUCAACUGAACUAGAUCACGGAGUUCUGGCUGUUGGAUAUGAUACGGAGAAUAAUGGUAUGCCCUACUGGCUGGUGAAGAACAGCUGGGGACGCAACUGGGGCGAUAAUGGCUAUAUAAAAAUGGCCCGCAAUAAAGGGAACAUGUGCGGGAUCGCCACGGCCGCGAGCUAUCCUAUUGUUUAA